AUGUCAGAGCGAUCUUGCCCAGUAUCAAAAUCGGUGGCCGGACGGUGUCCGGCAGCAGGCGGCCGGGCGAGCAGGAGCAGCAGCCGAGUUGGACCGAGGGGAUGCUCAUUCUCAGGAUACUGCCAGACUGGGGAUCUGCGGACAGCAUUUGAGAUACCACAUGGCGUUGACUCAGAAGAGUGGCUGAGGGGAAGAGACCGGAAGGCUAUCAACGCCCUCCUCUUCCCAGAUGCACCAGCAAAGGACCUGAACAGGUUCGCCAAGGACAACAUCGACACGCUCCCACCGAGCGAGAAGGACAUCCUGGCCGCAGCCCUCGGUGCGCCAGCACGGCAGGUCACCAUCCGAGCCGAGGAGGUCGGGCCAAAGUCCGGAUGGCGGGAUGGGUUCCUCACAGCCGAGUACGGCUUCGUCCCUCCUGACUCGCUCGAUUCGUCGGUGGCAUCACUGGCCAACUCGCCAGCAAGGAUAUGGUCAGACCUCGCCGAGCGCAUGCCAGGAUGCGCCACGGAGGACAUCAUCCCGGACAACGCGCUGUGGGCGGCACUGGUCGCCCUGGGGAUGCUGUGCUCGAUCUGCCGGUACGAGGACAAGCACGACGGCCACGAGGGCGUGAGCCUCGGCAGCUCCAACAAGCCCAAAUGCGAGCUAAGCGACGACGUCGUCGAGGAGGUAAAGGGCCUGCCGAGGAGCAUCGGCCUCCCCUACUUCCAGGUGUCCAAGCGCAUGGGCCGACCCAUCCCGCACCUGACGUUUGUCGACCAGUCGAGCUACAACGUCAAGAUCCGCGACCACAACUCGAACCACCCGUACGUCGCCCGCUUCGACAACAUGGACAUGCGGUGGCCCAUGUUCGGCGACCAGGCCGAGAUGGCCUUCCUCAAGGGCGUGGCCGACACCUCGGCCAGCUUCCAGCACGGGCCGGACGCCAUCGCCGCGUGCCAGGAGUGUGUCUUGAACAGGGACAUCGAGGGCCUACUGAGGGAGAUGAUCCGCCUCAAGGAGAUCCUCGAGAUGAUGCCCAACGCCUUCCACACCAUCAGCCCCAACCCCAUGUCCGGCGACAACUACGUCACUGCCAACGAGUGGGUGCGGUGGGCCAAGUUCUCGGCGCCGCUCUCGAAGCGGUGCCCGGCGUCGAGCGGGCUGCAGUUCCCCCCGUACCUGCUCAUGGACGCCUUCCCCGGCCGCAAGAAGUACGACUCCUUCCUGGGCGCGGAGGGGAUCCACCUGCGGGCCUGGGAGCCCUCGAACCUCCGCGCGUUCAUCGCCGCCGUCGAGGGCUACUACUCCGUGCCCGAGUUCGUCAUGAAGUCGGGCGACCCGAGGCUGAUGGGCGUGCUGGACGGCAUCGUGGAGGCCUACACGGGCGAGCGGGGCUUCAUGGGCGUGCACAGGUACAAGGUCUUCGGCAUCCUCGAGGUCGCGGGCAAGACGGGCCGCACCGAGACCAACGGCGCGUCGGGCGCCGCGGACGCGGGAAGGCCCUGGGAGGAGACGCACAAGCAGUUCUCCGAGGCCGUGAAGGAGCGCCUGGAGCCGUACCGCACCGACGUCUCGGUCGAGCCGCACCAGAUGCGCGGCAGCUCCGCCGAGUGCAGGUACAAGGCGAGGAUCCUGGGGCGGUCGUUUGUCAACAACGACGCCGACAGGGGCAUCGCCAUGGUGACGCUGGACAUCCAGGACACGGGCAUCACGUUCCAGCCCGGCGACCGGCUGGCGGUCCUGGCCACAGACGAAUGGCCCGUCCGUCGAUCCCUGGGCGACCUUCUCCAGUCCGCAGUGAUGGACACGCCACAGGCUGUCUGGGACUCGGCCUUCAACCUCCAGGACCUGUCCUGGCUGUGUGAGCUCGUGCCGGUCGAGAUGCCGCGCACGUACUCCAUCUCAAGCUUCCCCGACGAGCUGCUGCCCAGCACCGUCGACCUGAGCGUCUCCCGGUCCGAGUACCAGCUCAGCUCCACCUUUGCUGGGGAGUCCCGGAUCACGAGGUGUGGCGUCAGCAGUGGCUUCCUCAACCCCAUCGUCGCCUCUAACGAUGAGAUGAUCCCGAUCGAGGAAGACAUCCUCAUCGGCGUGUCUCGCCCGCAGGCAUUCCAGCUGCCACUGAGUGGCGCGUCGCCCUGUGCCUUCUUCGCGGGUGGCAGUGGUAUCGCGCCCUUCCGCAGCUUCUGGCAGUCUCGCAUCCAGAGUGGUGCGGUUGGCCGCAAUAUCCUGUACCUCGGCGUCCAGUCGCGCGACAAGUUCUGCUAUGAGCACGAACUGCGCCAGAACGUCAACGAGGGGCUGAUGGAGGUCCACGUUGCCUUCUCUCGGGACUCAAGGGGACUGGCCAUGCAGAGCCGCGAGCUGGUCGAGAAGACCACGCCGCCCCGGUAUAUUGACACCCUGAUCAUCGAGUAG